AUGAACAAUCGCAAUCGUCCAGCUCAAUUACGUACCGAAGAUACAUCAAGUCCAUACUUCCUCCAUCCAAGUGAUAAUCCGGGUACUAUCCUUGUUCCACAACCUUUAACUGGAUCCAACUAUGCAACAUGGAGCAGAUCAUUCACUACUGCGCUCCUUGCCAAAAACAAGCUCGUUUUUGUUGAUGGAUCCAUCCUUCUCCCUGCUCGUGAUGAUCUCCUAUAUCAACCAUGGAUUCGAUGUAAUAGUAUGGUGAUCUCAUGGCUACGCAACUCGUUAUCUCCACAAAUUUCUUCGAGCAUCAUGUAUCUGGACGAUGCAUAUGCUAUCUGGUUCGAUUUGAAAGAACGGUUCUCCAUAGGAGAUUCAGCUCGAAUCUACCAACUCAAACAACAACUCAUGUCUCUAUCUCAAGGAUCAUCGGAUGUCAAUACAUACUUCACCAAUCUACGCAUAGUUUGGGAUGAAUUCAAGAGCUCGCAACCGAUUUAA